AUUAGAUUAUGAUUUGCUUGAUGUACUUAGAAAGUUACAAUAGUAAAAGAUUAUUUUGUUUUGGAUCUAGUUGUAUCGCAUACAACUGUCCACUCAGGGGCAGUAUUACUCUUAAAAAGUGUCCAAGCAGUACUGAUGAGUAUGUUGCAAACUUUCAUGUCAUUUUAGGAUAUAGUGUAUUUACCUCUUGGAUUACCGUUUGAUCAAAGUCAAACAUUAAAACUAAAUUCAGUGUAUUUAAAAUCCAGGAAGGGAUUUUUUUUUGUACAAUUACUAGACCACUUUUUUUUUUUAAAUCGGCAAAACAUGUUUUGUAUGUUUUGCUAUACUUUAUAUAGCACAAAACUCUGCCUGGGAUAUCAGCGAAAAUACAGGGUCAAUGCACUGUAAAGAAAGUAGGUCAUAUGAACUUCACUGAAGAUAGGGAGACUUCAAAAAGGAGAGAAUACCUCCAUCUGAGUCAUAGUGUUCUGUAUCUACCCCCAGAGGUACUACAGAAACACAGAUACUGAGUGUUUUAUGCUCUUAGUAAAGACUACAUUCUUUGUAAGCCUGGGGGUCUUAUUUAGGUACCACCGGAAGGAUCACGUGAAGAUGUUUUCUGCAAAUAUGUGUGUAAAUCUUACCAUGGCCUACUUAGCUAGAUUACCACAGAUCAUAACAAAGUGAAUAGCAAUGGUUUAAUGUGUAGUGUCUUAGAGGUUGUUUAAUACUAAGAAUUACUUCAUGCUCAUCUUUUUAAGUGUUGUAUUAAGACCAACUCCCUCUGCAAUGGGAAACAAUACUGUAGGUGUUAAUUUUACAUGUACUGUAAGAAUCAAGCUUUUUUCUAUAUCUCUGUUAGCUAAUGUGUCACAGUGGAAAGCCAGAAGCACAGGAAGUGGUCUCUGUGUUCUUGGUUGUUCCUUUGUAAUUGUUCAGCAUGGUACAGCGGAAAGCACUUAUCAGGAAUUUCCUCUCUAAAAGGAAAGCCGUUUUUUUUUAUAUGCAAAUAUUUACAGACCAGGGACAACUGGGAACUGAAGAGAAACAGGGUAUUGAGUUUGUUGGCAUGCCCAACAUUUUUGUGCAUUUAAACACAUGCAUACUACUCAUUAAUGAAAAUUUUAUGCUACGAAAACUGCUAUUGCAACAAGUAAGAGCUUCUAACAGCCUUGUUGCUGCACCACAACAAAGAAGGCAUCUGGAAAGAGAGGCACUUCUGAUCCAACAGCUGUGGGGAUGUCGGUGUCCGGGAAGAAGGAGUUCGAUGUGAAGCAGAUCCUCCGCCUCCGCUGGCGCUGGUUCAGCCACUCGACCCAGGGAUCGGCCGGCGGCGGGGGGUACAUUCAGCAGGAGGGCCUGGACCACCGGGGGAGCCCGACACCCAGCCGGCUGAAGAGCCACUCGCGGGAGCGAGGCGGCCUCCGCAAAGGCAGCAGCCCCGUGCACAGCAUCCUGGCCCCCACCCCGGGCCCCACACCCGUCUACGCCAGACCCGGCAGCCAAUCAUGGCCCCAGCAGAGCUUCAUCCAACACCUGCCGGCCAGCGAGGAGCAGCCUGUGAGCGGCGCGCCAGAGGGCGCCCGGACGGAGGACGCCGGCGGCGGCCCGGGGGAGGAGGGCAGCCGCCCGGGGGAACCCGCGGAGGCGGAGGCGAGAGAGAGGUUGUCUUUAAGCAGCUACACCAAGAUGAGCUCCCACUGCUCGGACGAAUAUUUCCAGGCGAUGAAUCACGCUGAGCAGACCUUCCGCAAGAUGGAGAACUACCUCCAGCACAAGCAGCUGUGUGAUGUGCUGCUCAUCGCCGGUGACCACAAGAUCCCCGCCCACAGGCUGGUCCUGAGCGCCGUGUCCGACUACUUUGCCGCCAUGUUCACUAACGACGUGCGGGAGGCCAAGCAGGAGGAGAUAAAGAUGGAGGGUGUGGAUCCUGAAGCUCUGCGGUCUUUGGUCCACUACGCGUACACAGGCGUCCUGGAGCUCAAAGAGGAGACCAUUGAGAGCCUCCUGGCGGCGGCCUGCCUGCUUCAGCUCUCCCAGGUCAUUGAGGUGUGCUGCAACUUUCUCAUGAAGCAGCUCCAUCCUUCCAACUGCCUUGGGAUCCGCUCCUUCGCCGAUGCACAGGGAUGCACGGACCUCCUGAAUGCAGCCCAUAGCUAUACAAUGGAGCAUUUCCUUGAGGUCAUCCAGAACCAGGAGUUCCUGCUGCUGCCCACCGUGGAAAUCGUAAAGCUCCUGGCCAGCGACGACAUCAACGUGCCCGACGAGGAGACCAUUUUCCAGGCGCUGAUGAUGUGGGUGCGGAACGACGUCCAGCAGCGACAGCAGGACCUGGGUCUGCUCCUGUCCUACAUCCGCUUGCCCCUCCUGCCGCCCCAGCUUCUUGCUGACCUGGAAAACAACAAGAUGUUCUCAGAUGACUUGGAGUGCCAGAAGCUUCUGAUGGAGGCUAUGAAGUACCACCUUCUUCCAGAGCGCCGACCGAUGCUGCAAAGUCCGCGGACGAAGCCUCGCAAGUCCACAGUGGGGGCCCUCUACGCCGUUGGGGGCAUGGACGCAACCAAAGGUUCCACUACGAUUGAGAAAUAUGACCUGAGGACCAACACGUGGAUCCAGGUCGGCGUCAUGAAUGGGCGGCGGCUGCAAUUCGGCGUGGCUGUGAUUGACAACAAGCUGUACGUGGUGGGGGGGAGGGAUGGCCUGAAGACCUCCAACAUGGUGGAAUGCUACAACCCCAUAAGCAAAGUGUGGGCGACUAUGCCUCCCAUGUCCACUCACAGACAUGGAUUGGGGAUCGCCGUGCUGGAGGGCCCGAUGUACGCCGUUGGGGGCCACGAUGGUUGGAGCUACCUAAACACGGUGGAGAGGUGGGACCCGCAGGCAAGGCAGUGGAACUACGUGGCCAGCAUGUCCACCCCCAGGAGCACCGUGGGAGUCACCGCCCUGAACGGAAAACUCUUUGCGAUCGGAGGUCGCGACGGAAGCUCGUGCCUGCGGUCAAUGGAGUGCUUCGAUCCCCACACCAACAAGUGGAGCACCUGCAGCCCAAUGACCAAGAGGCGUGGUGGCGUGGGAGUGGCCACAUACAACAAUUUUUUGUAUGCAGUCGGCGGCCAUGACGCCCCUGCGUCCAACCACUGCUCGCGGCUGUCAGACUGCGUGGAGAGGUAUGAUCCAAAGACAGACGAGUGGACCACCAUGACUCCCCUUGGUGUCCCUCGUGAUGCUGUAGGCAUCUGUCUCCUUGGAGACCGACUAUAUGCUGUGGGUGGAUAUGACGGGCAGUCGUACCUGAACAGCGUGGAGUCUUACGAUGCGCAGACCAAUGAAUGGAGAGAGGAGGUUCCUUUGAACAUCGGAAGGGCGGGUGCCUGUGUCGUAGUUGUCAAAUUACCAUAACAAAAAACACGGCACCCUUUCUGCUUGGAAGACUCUCUCAUCAUUAUGAACGCAAGGGGCGGAGGAGAGUGGAGACGGCAGGCCGACUAAAACAACAUCAUCAGCACUAACGUGGUGGGGAUGACAUUCCACAGCAGGUCACCUUUCAAUGCACUGGGAUGUAGACCAAAUCUGUGUUUUUCUUUUUUUCUUAGAAGAGAUGCAGUUGAAUGUAAUAGCGUAUGUGAACUGGACGCUGAAAUCUAGAAGCUACUUAAAGUGUAAGAUACACAAAUCAUUUGCUGGAAGGACGAUGAGUCAUUUGAUGCUUCAGCUGAGCGUAACAGAGCUUAUCAGGCAAAGGAAACGCAACAUGCAACGCGUAGAAGAGCAGGUGUAAAAAGCACCUAGAAGCAACUGUGCGACUGAAAACAUAUAAAGGUGUAUAUACUUAACACGUUAGAAAAAAAACAUGGAAAACCCAUGUAAAUAGAAGACCAUUGACUAUAAUCACUUUUAAUAAACAAAUACUGUAUAAUUUCAUAGGCCAGCUCACUACGAAUCAUAUUGCUUUGUUACUCUGUAUUCCCUUCACUUAGCCUAGUGUUUCUCAAUCCGGUCCUCAGGGACCCACAGAUAGUCCAUGUUUUUGCUCCUUCCGAGCUCCAAGCUGGGAGGAAGCAAAAACAUGGACUAUCUGGCAGGGAACUUGGAAGGAGCAAAAACAUGAACUGACUGUGGGUCCCCAAGGACCGGAUUGGGAAACACCGAUUAGUCUCUUGAAAAGAGAAUGGAAUGUUCACCUUGUCUUGCAACUUUUUUUCUUUUCAAGUAUUACUUGCAAAAUGAAUUUUUAAUUCUCACCAUGUAUUGGGACGAACACUGGAUCACUGUGAAUAUUUUACGUACCUGUUACCUAUUUUUGAAUGCGUCUAUGAAAAACAGUCCAGAGCGAGAAACACUCGCACACCAUCUCAACUUAAAAACUCUGUGGGACACAAAGACAUCUGAUGUCAUAAUGAUUUUAGAAACACUCUUAGGGAAAUACAGCCGUGGUUUUGGCAGGAAAAUAACUGGAUGUUUUUCGUUCUUUGAAAAGAAGCUGUUUUCCAAGUAGCAUGACAGCCUUCAACUGAAUCACACCAAAGCCAUUUACACAAGUGUCUGAAGUGUCCUGUCUUAUGAAAAGUUUACAAAAUAGUGAAUAUUCAAUUAUAUCAUAUUGAUAUUUUGCAUUACUGUAUAGUUUUUCGCGAGUUCGCCGACAACUGCAGUCAUGUAUAUAAACUCAUUCCUACUUCAUUGUAUUAAAAUCCAUCACAAAUAGAUUUUUUCUCUCCCUUUUUUCUGGAAUGCUGCCUGAGACUAACCUUGCUUUUAUUUACAUCCUCCAUGUUGCUUAUCCAGCUCGCUAGCAGAUACUGCUUGUGACUUAAAUAGGUAUUAUAUUUGUGAUCAGGACGUCACGCGUCACAUGUGCCAAUGUAUCCACAUGUUGCCAUAUAUUAAGGCCCGUCAUAUUUCAUUUUGGCAAAUGAUGCAGCUAAGCAAGGGAUUCAGUUGAUGGAUUUUUAAACUCACGCCAGAUCUGUGAUGUGGCUUUUCCGUGAUUACUGGCACCUUGGAAGGUUGAAUAUACUGAAAACAGAAAUAUGGUUUUAAGAAAGUUAGAUUAAUUACUUAUAUAUGUAAUGCUAAUCUGUUUGAGGCAGAACACUGACUUUGUUUAUCAGUAUUUUAUAUAGCAUGCAAAGCUAAAAUAAAUUCACUUUGUUGUA